CUCACAAGGAGGAGCCGCUGCCUAAGCAUAUCUCCUCAAACCUGUGCUGACAUCUGACUGUCGCCUGUAGCUCCAGUGAUCUAGUCAGUGUGUGAAACACCGCUGGGUUUUUAAAAAAACAGUUUCUGUAGUUUUUCAGCUUUGUAUUCAGCGUCCAGUGAACCUCCACAGAGAACACAACUUGUCAGAGGGACAGAGUGAGAAGCGCAUCUCAACUUUGGAGAGGAGAGAGCGCGCAGAUGGCAGCCCUCAUCAGCGCGUACUCGUCGUGGCCAGAGUCCUUCGAGUGUCCUCCAGGAGACGGGGAGGUGCCGGACGGACAUGGCCCGCACAGGACCCCCGUGGACAAGGCGCCGGAGCCGCGGAUCAGACGGCCCAUGAACGCGUUCAUGGUGUGGGCCAAAGAUGAGCGCAAGCGGCUGGCGGUUCAAAACCCAGACCUCCACAAUGCCGAGCUCAGCAAAAUGUUGGGCAAGUCAUGGAAGGCCCUCAGUCCCCCUGAUAAGAGGCCCUAUGUGGAGGAAGCAGAGAGGCUUCGGGUGCAGCACAUGCAGGACUACCCCAACUAUAAGUAUCGGCCUCGCAGGAAGAAACAGAUGAAACGCAUCUGCAAGCGUGUGGACCCUGGCUUCCUCCUGAGCGGGCUGGCCCCUGAUCAGAACGCCCUGCCCGACCAGCGAGUGCUCUGUCACCCCCACGACAAAGACGAGGGCAGCCCUAAUGGUCUCAGAAGCGGCUUCUCCAGCCCCAGCCCUGCUCUGCCCAGCGUCAGGAGCUUCAGAGACCCAGCCGGCUCCAGCAGCAGCUUUGACACCUACCCCUACGGCCUGCCCACUCCCCCGGAGAUGUCUCCCUUAGAUGCUAUGGAUCACGAGCAUGUACCCCCCUCUUAUUAUUCAACAUCUGGUAGCUCCUCCUGCUCUUCCUCCUGCCCAGAGGACCACACCAGAAUCAGACACACAUGGCCAGUCCCACCCCCGUACCACACUGACUACACUCAGACCCAAAUCCACUGUGGGGGCACACACAUCGGUCACAUCUCUCAUGGUGGACUGAUCCCUGGUCCGCCGCUGUCUUACUACAGUACCUCAUCUUUUUCCCAGAUUCACCACGGGCUCCAUCAGGGCCACCUGGGUCAGCUGUCCCCCCCACCAGAGACACAGGGUCACCUGGAGACUCUAGAUCAGCUGAGUCAGGCAGAGCUUCUGGGUGAGGUGGACCGCAAUGAGUUUGACCAGUACCUGAACUCCAAUGGGACAGGGUUCCAUCCUGAGCAGGUCAGCAGCCUGACUGUUACAGGACACAUCCAGUUGGCGUCUACAGCUACCGCUUCUGUCACCGCGUGUCCCAGUAGCACCACAGAAACCAGCCUCAUUUCGGUGCUUGCGGACGCAACGGCAGCCUACUACAACAACUACGGUAUCUCGUAAACUUACAGUACACUUGUGGCUGAUCGGAGACAUUCAGGGGUUUAAAAUGGGUGAAGAAAUUUAGGAUGAUGUUGCACUUGAGUGCCAAUAAGGGAAACAUUUCUGUGCUCUAACCUGUAAUUUCAAAUCCUGUAUCAGCCUCCAUGAGCAACAUCAUCCCACCAUGAUAAAAACCUGAACUGAUCACAGAGCAAUAUGAUUGUCUGGAGCCGAGGACAGAACAAAGAGCAAAUGGAGGAAUAUGAAGAAAGGGAGAUGGACACCUCAGGGAUGCAGACACAAAAUACUAUAGUAUGCCACCUCCAGUUGUCAUGACAUUUCUAAACCAGAAGAACUAUCGUCAAGACUUUUUGUCCACUUGUAAAUGUAACCAGUUACUGUUGCCACUGCGGCAUGUACAGAUGCUCUUUAGAAGCUAAUUUAAGUCCUUUGAUGUUUUGCAUAAAUGCUAACUGUAAUGCUAUUAUCAACGCUUUCCAUUCGAAUGUUUGUAUUAUAUGUUCUCGCUCUUCCUAGCUUGGGAGUCUUACCUCAGUAGUUGUAAUUGAAUGAGGUUUUAGUUGGACAUUUCUUAUGCAAUUUAACAAAACGGUGUAUAAUGAAGAAAAAAGGCGUUUAUACUUCUUCUCAAGUACUUAAUAAUAUAUAAUCAUAACCUCUACGAUGAAAAAUAAUAAUGGUAACUAUAACUGUAUGCUGAUUUAGGUUUGUGAAAGACAAUAAUUUAAAAUAAAGUUACAUUUUUAUAUUAA